AUCUGGAGUAAGAUUUCCUUAACCUUGUGUAGUGGAGGAAGCUGUAGUUUAAUUGUCCUGCAUGACAACAGUUGCUGCGAGAACUAGGAGACACUUGGGGUUCUAAAUGGAUUGGCGAGCAUCAGGCUGUAGCAGUGUGUGGGAGGUGUAACAGUAUUAUUGGAGGAGUAUGUCUACUCCUGUAACACCAACUGCUGCCCGCAAGAGAGCAUUUUCACAGGGUCCCCCCAAUGGUGAAAAUAAUGACAGUACUGGUGGGUGGCUGGGAGCCAUUGGUGGAGUGGUGGGAGAGUGGUUACAGGGCUGGGGGCUUCUGGGGGUUUUACGAAAGAGGUCAGGAGCACCAGGUGGGGCCCGGUCCACCCCAGCUACCCCACCCACACACAGCCAUCCCUCUACCCCUUCUCAUGAGCACAUUGAAUUGAGGCAACUCAACUUGCAGUGUAGGGAGGGUGGUGAUGGUAGUGAUGAAGGCGACUCUAGAGUGUUGGCACGUUGUGAUGUGGUGCGGAGGAGACAUCCCUUAAACCUACCUCGGUCCCCCAGGCCCCCAAGACACUCUUAUUAUGAGGGAUCCACUCCUGACUCUUACCUUCUGACUGCUGUUCUUAUCCAUUCCCUAAAGCAUGGCUCAGGUAAAAUGUGUCAGGAGCCACAUUGUCACAUCUGUACUUCAAAGCUCAGUAGAAAUUUAAGUGAAAUUUGUGAUACUGACUCUGUCACUAUAAGUCAAAAUGAGGAAGACAGUGAGCUCUCUUUCUCAGACCCUCUCUACAACCGGUCCAUUUCAGAGGAAAGGAAUGAGGUCACAAAACACAUGGAAAAGAAUGAACUGAAUCUUUUGCCUGGAUUACAGUGUUAUACUCAGGUUUCCCCUCUGAGCAGCCCAACAAGUUCUUUCCAGUAUGCACAAAUUAGUCCCCUACCAAGUCCACAUUCAUCAAUAACAUUGAGUUCUACCCUUUCAUCAGUUAAUCCAAUUUUGUCUCUUACAUCUUGUGACAGCUCAGCUACACUGUUAGAAUCAGAGUUGUCAUCACUUGACAUAUCUUCCUUGACUGAUGUUACUAUGUCAUCCAGUCUGAUGACUGGCUCUACCCUUUCUUUACACCAAAUUGACUAUCUACUUGGCUCGGAGAGCAACAUAACCUCUUCUGAGCUUUCUCUUGUCACAUCAACUGAUUGUGGUACACUAAUUGGAUCAUUCCCUUCAGACUCAUUUCCAUCACAAGCUUACUCAUCAGAAACAAUAUCAUCAGAGACAUAUCUCUGUGAGACUUUCCCUAAAUACCUCAAUGGUGCAGACAUGAUGUCUAGCUCAGUUCAUUCAUUACCUUCUCGUUUAACACUGAAGGACCGUUCUUCUGCCUCCCUUCUACGGCCUGUGUUGCUCUCCUCAGGAUCAUUAGUACUUCUUCCUCGACGUCCUUCCUUAGCAUCCCCCCCUUCUGUCUCCUCUGCAUCCUCACAGGGACACUUUAUGUGGGAAGAGAACCCGUGCUAUGUCCGAGUAGAAGGAAGUCGCCCAGGUGAAGGUCACAUUUUCCGGCCUACCACACUGGAGCGUCCCUCCUGGUGUGACGCCUGUGCCCACCUUGUGUUCUACCACGCCACAACUUGUGAGAGUGAGUACUAUUAA